CAUAACUGGUCAUUUCAACAUAAUCCGAAAUGUUCUUUGUUAAUAUAACUAUAUGUUUUAAAAGAAAAUUGUGGGUCUGUGAUUUCGUUGAGAAAAAAGGUUUUUCGCACCCAAUAUAUAGUUGUGCUAAUGUGAAAUGAGAGACAUCUCAGCUGUUUCUUACCUUAUGUGCCUGCUGCUUAUCCAAGUAUUCUGCGCCACUACAAAGAGUUCACAAGACGCAGAAUUUGCACCAUUGCCUACUGAUUUGAAAGUAACCAUUGGAGUGGGUUUUUUAAAUGUUUCUUGGGACUGCAACAACAUAACAACCGCCAUGGAGCAGUAUGAAUAUAAAGCAGUGAUAUUUGGCCGCUUUACAGUACUUCAUCUACAAAAAUGCUUUGUGGAAAUUAUACCUGAAGCUAUUUUACAUAAAGGUGUGGAAGUAGAAAUAAGAACAAUGAAAAAUGGCAGGGAUGUGAAGAAUAACUGGACAACAAAAACAAUCUUUCCUGAAGGAGGACCCUACACAUCUGAUGAAAACAUUUCAUGUGUUGUAUUUAAUAUUUCUUUUAUGAAUUGCUCAUGGGAUGUGGGUAGACAAGCAGCAGAAAACACCACCUACUUACUUUACCUUAUCCAAGAGGGGGAAAAACUAACAUGCCCAGCCUAUGAGAAGGAUCUACUUGGAAGACAUAAUAAAUGUUUAUUCAGCUUUCUAGAUAUUAAUUUCGACAAAUCAGUGCACAUGAUAGUGUUGGAAGAAAGCAAAAAUAGACCAGUCCGGUUCUUGGAUGAAUUUAUUACCCCUGCUGAUUAUGAAAUUUUGACUCCUCCAAGAAACUUCACCUUGAACAAUAGUUUGAAUAGAUUAGUAUUUACAUGGCUGCAACCAGAAACACUUGACCCAUAUGCAGAAGAUUGCUUUAAUUAUGAACUUAACAUUUGGAGUAAAAACAAUGAGGCAACCCACAAAGUCAAAACAACUAUGUAUACAAUCCCUAUAAUAAAUGUGAGGGAACAGUUAAUUGCAAAAGUAAGAGCAAAAUGGGUGACUCCUUGUUUUGAAAAUACUUUUUGGGGUGAAUGGAGCGAGCCAAUCUUCUAUACAGGAUCCCCAGAUUCACCAAUAUUUACCCGCGAUCACCUCUUGAUAGUGCUCACAGUAUGCACCAUUGCUGUCCUAUCAGUUUCUACAGUGUUGUGUUGCAGGUUCAAAAUAUUGAGAAAAAUCUUUCCUCCAGUACCACAACCAGUAAAUGUAAUAAAGGAUUUUGGUCAAUAUGAACAAAGAGAUAAACAGGAACACAAAUUUUCCGCUGUUGAUAUGGUCUCGGUGAAAGAUGAAGAAUGUGUUUGUUCAACUAUAACUGAAGUUCAAGAUAGUUUCUAUGUAAAUUGUUAAAUAUUUAUGAACAAGGAUCAAACAGGGAGUCUAUGUAACAUGAGUACGAUUACUAAAGUGUUAUUGUAAUAAUCAAAAUGUCUGAUUUAUUUAUAAUGGUGGUAUCCUAUUAAAAAAAGACA